AUGAGCAGCUUCGACGAGCGCCCGUUGUUCAGGCAACGGGCCAUUGCAACGGCAUUUCCAUCCACGGCUCCUGGUUCCAGAUCCCGCCCGCAUUCCUGCUCUCCUGGUUGUUUGACAUCUCGAAGGACUCCAUGCCUUCAUGCUCCCUGCACCAGGGUCAGUCCUCAUGCACAGAGUUCAAACCCCCUCAUCCAAGGACGGCAGGGUAAGCCUCAUCCACCACCAGCCCCCGUCCCGACAGCACAAGCCUCCAUCACAUUUGAAGUCGCCCCCAGUAACCAACCCUUUAUGCACGACGAAGUCCGGCCGCUGCUGGGUCGAGACGAGGUUCGGCAGAUGCAGGUUGGCAGAUCCACCAGAACUAUCCUAGAUCCCGACGCGGUAGCAAAGAAGAGAGCCUCACGACGAGUCUCUUUGCUUUGGCCUCCAGCCUAUACCUCCCCACACUGCGAGCCACCCACACAGCCAACCGACGAGCCUACACACCCCCAAGGCAGAGCUACUGCACCCACACAGCCAACCGACGAGCCUACACACCCCCAAGGCAGAGCUACUACACCCACACAGCCAACCGCCGACAUGGACACGUCCAUGGUUCUUCAGCUUCGACGCAGACGAAACUCACGAAGCCAGGCUUCCUUUCCAAGAGCAUUGGUAUUGCGAAGCGACACAGGUUGUGGAAGAAUCAGGCGCAACGUCGCAGACUGGAGGCGGACCUCGCGCCGCCAAAGCCAACACCUAGCCAACACCAAAUCAUGGAGCCUUUCGUCGCCAUCUCAGACGACGACUUCAGUUGCGACUGUCGCCGACGAUCAAUCGCCUUGCCGACUCCCAAGCCAGUUCAAGACAUAUCAGGUCUGGAGAUUGGACUUCCUCACAAACUUGCAAAAGCCACCUCGGGCCGCUAUCUACGAGUCUGCUCUACUCGCUCCGACCAACAAGCAGAGACUAACUCCCAUUCCGAGAAUGCGGAGGACUUGGACCAACACAGCCCAAGACACAUCGAUCGGAUACUGCAGCUGUGACCAAAACCGACCCGCAAUCGCCCUCCAUCCAGGCAUCAUCUUAAUCUCCGACGAACGACGGCUCCCAGAUCAAAUCACAAAUGCAGACGCGGACAAAGCCCAGCACAAGAGCCUGAAGCAGGUCCCAGAGAUCGACCUUCCGCUGAACACUAUGGGAGAUGGCACUCAAGCGAGCAAACAGGGCAGAUAUUGCAAAGACCAGAGCAAUACAUUGACUUGUCUCUCUUCGCAAUACAUGUUGCCAUUUGCCUUCAUUGUUCCCUCACAUGUCCAUCCAAAGCUUGUUGAUCCUUCGUAUGCUUCUGAUUCGGAUACCAAUUUCUGCGCCUACCGCUUGAGCGUGGAAAGCUUCCGACCGCCAGCCCCCUUCACUGAUUCAAGGGGUCCACCUGGUCACUCUUCCCAAGAUGCACCUGCUCUGGUGAAUCACUAUCCAAUCGAUACUUCCUACGCUUGCUGGGAGAUUUACAACUGCAUUUGCGGUAAUGUAAACACUGCCGGGAAUAUGCCAUCUUUCCUGCCUCUGAUACAUCGAUGCCUUCCCAGGCUUGCUGGGAGUUCAACACUCAUCUGCAACUGCAUUCGUCUCGAUGUAAACAAUGCCUGGAGUACUUAUUUCCCUUCGCUCGCUGGCUUUCUUUUUCUCCUCUUCCCUCUCAUCACGACUCUUCUUUCACACCAUCCUUCCCUUCAUUCGGCAUACAUUCGACGCCAUCAUUCGAUAUAUUUUAAGAAAAUCUUGGUCGACCUCCCAAGCCUCCGAGGACGAUAUCAUCAACCCAAAACUCAACGUCUCCUGCCCUUCACCAUCUUCAUCGGUAGUAGUAUACUUCGACAUCUUUCGACAUCCUUCCUCGCCAUUUCUAUCGGCAGCCUUCUUCAACAUUCUUCCAGGACACCCUCUCAGGACAUCUUCCACCAACAUCCUCCACCAACAUCCUCCACCAACAUCCUCCACCAACAUCCUCCACCAACAUCAUCAGGACAGCCAGACUCCCCUUCCUCUCUUCACAUUUUCCCUUCCUCCCUCCCUCCUCGAAUCCAGUCUGACGCUGGUGCUGACAUCUUCUCCAGUGCGUCGCCGGGGCGGCAUUGCUGCUCCUCAUCCAUAACCAACAAUUUUUCCACCAACAUCCUCGCCGUGGCGCUUUCGUCACAUCCAUUCUUCCGCCAACAUCCUUAUCAACAGGAUCCAACAGCACCCUUCGCCCCAUUCUUCCUCCGGAAUUCUUUUCAAAAAAAGCAAGCAUAUCCUUAUGCUACAUUCCCAAUAUUCCUCCUCCCCCACAACAUCAUGUCCCACAUGCGAACCAUUUCAUCAGUCCAGACUAUCGCUUUCGCAGCCGACAUCUCAACCCAGCACCUAUAUCCAUCACUCCUAACGGUAAUCUUUGCUCCCCUGCCUCCGAGCACUCCAUCCAAGCUGACUGACACUCUCCAGCACAUUCCCAUUUCAUCAGUCCAGAUGAUCGCUUUCGCAGCCGACAUCUCAACCCAACACCUAUAUCCAUCACUCCUAACGCAUUCACAUCUCGGCAUUCUUACGACAUUCCUCUGUCUGCAUGAUACUACCAUAUUGGACUCACGUUGGAUUCCCGAACGAAAGAAAGAAAGAAAGGUGGCAGCGGCGCGGAGUCAGAAGGGCUUCAUGAAGUUCCCGGGCAAGGCUGGAUCCAGACAGCCAUGGAUCUCCUGCAAAGCACCCAGCGAGCGAUCAAAGACGUCGGUGCGUCCUUGGAUGAAGAUCAACACUCGGCUGCCGAUCAACGACAUUCAUAAACACUCGGCGGGUUGGUUUGGGGUUUGGGCGGUGCCGGUUUGGGUGACGACUGGGGAGAUCCCUCGUGCUGUAUGUAUGGAGUAUGGAGCGAUUGUAGAUGUACAAGCGAGAAGGCUUGUUGGCUUCGGUUCGUUGGGAGAGUUGGAAGGGCGGCAGGACAGCAGUACUGGAUGCAGAUUCCGGGACGCGCCUCUCGACAGAGGAUAUGUAUUGCGUCGAGGUGAAAGUACAUCUACCAUCCAUUCUCCUCAAGGCCUGUUCGGCGUUUGGCAUUGCUCUUUUCCUCUCCUCUCCACCGCACCCGCUUUCACCCUGGUGGUCGAGCAGUACUCGCACGAUCGGUGGGAGGGUUCCCAGCUGGUUUUGGCGGCGCCAGCUCGAGCGCGGACUGUCACGGAGGCUUGUAGCGUCAGAAAGGCAACAAGCUCCGUUGAAAGCAAAUUUUGGGACGCGCUUCUCGACACCGAAUCCGGUCGAGCUUCACGUGUGCAGAUAUACCAUUAUUCGACUCAAGACCUGUUCGGUAUUGCUCUUUUCCUCUCCUCUCCUCCCCACCGCAGCCUCUUCCACCUCUUCCUCCCCAUAUCUAGGUCUGACCUUGCCAGUCGUCUUGAUCUCUGCGUGGUGAAUGCUGGUCAAGGCGCUUCUUCUGGCCUGUUCGGUGCGGACUCGACGCAAGUAGGAAGGGAGGGAGUUGGUAGCGACGCUCAUGGUCAGCAAGUCGAGAUGUGCGCUGGAGAGCUGCUGAGGACCACUGUCGAGUGUAUGACUGUAACAUCUCGGAGUGCGAUGCUUGAUGCGCUGUCCGCCACCAUUGUCGCGAAGGCUGCGGGUGAUGAGUGGCAAGGUAGCUGCAAUUGCGUGUGGUCGGUGGAGUUGGUGGUAGAUCAUCGUCUCGUGCGAAGUUGUUGGAGCCGCUUUUUGUAUGCUGCUCUCGUGAGGGUCAAGUUCGCUGUCAACCUACCAAAUGAGCUUGGGGGAAAGGCACCGUUGUCCUUCCAGGAGUUGACUCGCGAGAAUAUUGGAACAAGCAUGGCUUACUGCUCCCCUCUCCAAGGCGCCAAGGCUCAUGCAAAACACAGCGCUGGUGUUCGAGUCCAGAUUCAAAAUGCGCACCAAUUCCAACAGAAUACAUACAGAACUACCAAAAAAAUCGUAUAUACAAAAGAACGUCGAAAAUGCAAAACAGUUCGGUGUAAUCCGAAGAUUACACCUACAUCUGUGGCCGCUCCCUAUCUACUGAACGCUCCAAAUCAGGGGCUCUGCCACCUGAGCCAAUGCUGCUGUCACUGCCGAGGGGAGGCCUUGCGAGAAUUCCGAGAAACUUUGCGUAUGGACUUGGGGGAUUGGGGUUUGCGGUCACUGCCUUCGGAGGAGUUUUUGGACUGCUAUUAUGAGCGCAGAUUCACAAGUCUGUGUGCAUAUGAAGCUGUCUACUUCCGCGUUCCUUCUUUCCCUGAGCCAUUCGUUCGCCUUUUGGUAUUACAUCAGCGUUGCCAGCACAUGGAGCUAUCUAUCCUGGUGAAAUCGACGAGCACUUCCAAUGCUUCAAUCACCACUCUUUCAAAAGCGCUGUCGUACUUUCCUUGCAAGCUCCAUAAAUCGGUUAUUGACACUCUCAACUUCCCAGUGCAAUGCAUUAGAUGGAUACCACCUUCCGCCAUCUCGCAAUGCACCAAAGUAGCCCACACUGACGCGACCUACCCACAUCGAGCAAUGCAAUCCAUUAAGAUGAUAUCCGAAGCCGUUCACGACAGAGUUAUGCUCGGUGCUGAAGUCGCUCGCCGAAUUAUGCUGGAUUACUUCGGCCAGAGCCCAAUCCAGGUCAGCUCUGUAUGGAACGGUGAGACAGUUGUGCCGCGUCUGCUCUUUCUACUAUUUCUGGAAGCAUGUCGGGUUUCUCCUGUAGGCGCCAAACGUGUUCGAUGGGAUCGAGAGUCUUGGGCGCGGCGCGGAACACCAGAUGUGGCCAUAGACCUUCCUAAUGAGCGACUUGGAUCCAAGUGCUUGACUAGCUGCGGGAAACUUUUUGACGCCAAUAGUAGGCACAAGACCAGGCUGAUCUCCGCAAAUGGGAGAGUCUACCAUCACGGCACUCGGUCUCAGGCCACCUACUCCCAGACGCAGAGCUUUACAUUCACUUUUUGCCAGCCUUCAAGCUUCAUACUGCAAAUGGAACCAGGUGGUUGGAGGCCUAAGGCUGGAGAGAUCAAGCUCGCUAAGGCUGCUCUUGCCAGACGAGACGUAGGGAGGCGGUUGUGGACCCGGAUCACUCAGAGAGGUCUAGUCUUCAUGGUCAAAGAGUUCGCCUCGCCAGAUUCUGAGGUAGCAUCCCUGGCAAUCUGCCUCCUGCUUUUGGCGAGCGCUAGGAAGAAUGGGAUCACCAAGGCCCCCGUUGAAUUGCGAGUGCGGCUGAUCGGUACCUGUGAUACCCGUAGACCUUUCUCAAAGGGAACUGACACUAUCACUCCUCGUGUCUUGACUGUGUUGGUUAUGAGAAAGCGCAGUCAAAGCAGACCAAGAAGCCAUCGUGUGAAGACGACAGCACUCCAGCGCGUGACUGCCGUUGCUGGAGACUCGGCUCUCUUCAUCAAGACCUGGAAAUGGAGAGCUGCAACGAUUGAGAAGGCCCUGUAUCUUCCUCUGCUGGAUCCACUCCCGUCAUUUUGCACUCCAUUCACCAUCUCUUCCUUCUCUUUACUGCUGCAUGCUUAUUCUAUCCAUUCCGCGCUCUGCGCGCAUCCAGAUCUAACGCGCCUCACACAGGGCACGUAG